UCGAUCGAUCGAUCGGUUGUCGUUUCGAUGGCGUCAAAGACUGAUCUUUGCUCGUGGCCGGAGCCGGGGGUGUCCGUCCAGUCCUUGUCCGACAGCGGCGCUGUUGCCGUUCCGGGGAAGUACGUCAAGCCCCUCUCCGACCGCCCUGUGCUGAUCGGCGGCGGCGGCGGCGGUCGAGGCCUCCGGAUACCCGUGGUCGACCUACGCGGCGGCCGCGCCGCCGCCGCGCAGGCCGUCUCGGAGGCGUGCCGGGAGUGGGGCUUCUUCCAGGUGGUGAACCACGGCGUCCCGGCGGAGCUGGUGGAGGCGGUGCGGCGCGCGUGGAGGGGCUUCUUCCGCCUCCCCCUCGAGGCCAAGAAUGGCUACGCCAACUCGCCGAGGACCUACGAAGGCUUCGGCAGCCGCCUUGGGGUCGAGAAGGACGCGCCGCUGGACUGGGGAGAUUACUACUUCCUCAAUCUAAAGCCGGCGAGCCCCGGCGAGUACUGGCCGGCGCUCCCGGACGAGCUGAGGGCGGUCACGGAGGAGUACGGAGCCGAAGUGCAGAGGCUCUGUGAGUUGCUGCUGGGCGCUCUGUCGGCGGGACUGGGGCUGGAGGAAAGUUUCCUCCGGGAGGCGUUCGGCGGAGCCGAAGGCGUCGGGACGUGCAUGAGGGUGAACCUCUACCCCAAGUGCCCGCAGCCGGAGCUCACCCUCGGCCUCUCGCCGCACUCUGAUCCCGGCGGCGUCACCGUCCUCCUCGCCGACGACCAUGUCGACGGCCUCCAGGUGCGGAGACACGGCGAGUGGGUCCCCGUGCGGCCUAUCGCCGGGGCCUUCAUCGUCAACAUCGCCGAUCAAAUUCAGGUGAUAAGCAAUGCGAUGUACAAGAGCGUGGAGCAUCGAGUGAUCGUGAACGAGAAGGAGGAGCGGCUCUCCGUCGCUUUCUUUUACAACCCGGGUGGUGACGUAAGCAUUGGGCCGGCAAAGGAGGUCAUCUCGGAGAAACAUGUAGCAUUGUAUCCGACCAACACCUUCAACGAGUAUAGAAAAUACGUGAGGGAGAAAGGCCCUCGCGGGAAGUCCCAAGUGGAGUCACUUAAGUUUUAAUGAUUAAAUAAUUUGAAUAAUUGAUGAUGAAUCCAGGGUGUUUGGUUAUUUCCUAGAAAUAGAAAUU